UUCUCUCAGGUCCAGGAGUCGAUCACGGUCUUCUCGGAGUCGCUCCGGAUCCAGAUCCAGAUCCCGCUCCGCUUCUCCAGCCAAGCGCAGCCGCGCUCCCAAAUCCCGGAGUUCUUCUCCUACCUCCAAUCCAGCAUCGAGCGCCUCUUCCUCUAAAGGCCCGGCUCCAGACACCCGAUUGGGAGAGGAGAAUAAGGGCCACCAGCUGUUACUAAAGAUGGGUUGGAGCGGUUCUGGGGGGCUGGGGGCCAAAGAGCAGGGUAUACAGGACCCCAUCAAAGGAGGAGACAUCAGGGAUAAAUGGGACCAGUACAAAGGUGUGGGAGUUUCUUUAGACGACCCGUACGAGAACUACAGAAGGAAUAAGAGCUACAACUUUGUUGCCCGGAUGAAAGCAAGAGAGGAAGUUAACAGGGAACCCCAGGAACCCCCCCCGACCGACUGAGGCAGCCGGUGUUUCAGCUGAAAACGUCUCCUGGACGCCACGUCCCAGUCCUGCUAGUUUAGCGUUAGCGCUCUUCACUAAAUCAUUUCCUGGCUGUUUGGUUUCAACAAUAAACUAACGAUCAUCGAUUGUUUCAGUUCUUUUCUUAAUACAAAGAAACUGUUACCAGAUAUAGAAAUCAAGUUUCCACCAAUUUAUUAUCAUCAACCUGAACUCUGUCAAGAUUUAACGUAAUUCUAGAGCGAAUCAGAUGAAAGGCGCCCAUUUUUACACAAGUCUGUCUGUUGUCGUAGGGAAGGUGUGACUAAGGUGAUCACAGCUGAUAUUUCUGCGGCUGUUAGAUGUUCAUUACUGACGUUUCAACUCAUUUAGCGUAAUCAACAUGUUGGAGAUGAAUUGUUUUUAGUCUGUUUAAUGAGUUACUGUUCAGGUUCAUGUUUCCUGGCACCAGGAGGGUCUUUAAAACGGUAAAGUUUUAUUUUAACAGGCAACAAUAUCCUGUUUCAUUUCAUCAUUUCAUCCUUUGCUGACCGCAUCAGUACAUCUUAUUGAAACUACUUCUGUUCUUCUUACGUUGCUAAAUAUGUUUUUCACAAACAUUUAAUGACGCAUUUUUUACUCAUUUAAAUUCAUUUUUUACGUUUUCCUUUUUUUUUUUUUUGCAUGGAUUUUAUUUACUUUACAUCAAAAUGUUUUUCAAUGCAGAUGAGUGACUGGUAAGAACUUCAUAUGUGAAUAAAUCAAAGCCCUCAAUAAAAACGUCGUAUUAAUUUGGCUGUUUGCAGGUGAGCCGGUAUAGAACUAGAGAAAGUGUGAAUGCUGUACGAUAAACUGUAAGCUGAAAAAAGGCAGAAGCAACGAGAAAAUAAAGCUAAUAUGCUAUGAAAUAGCAGGAAAAAACGCAAAGUUUAUUUUGAGAAAAUUACAAGGAGUGAGCUGAAUUCUAUUCAGUUCAUUUCUAUACCACCAAUUCACACGUCAUGUGACUUUAGAGACGAAUCAACCAGAUCACCUGUUCUAUGGAGCGCCGUUUGUAAAGAUAAGCCGUCAAAAAUUAGGAGAAAUAUUGGAUUAUUUUGUGUGUUUUUAGAGAAAAAUA